UCACUCUUCUCUCAGUCUCCGCUUCUCACUUUUGCUCCCAGGCAGCAGGCAGCAGUUUGCUCCAAGAGGCCGAAAAGGAGAGAGAGGAAGAAAAAAAAGAAAAAAAAAGGAGACAGGAGGGGACGAUCUCUGGCACAUUUCCCAGGAUGGAGGAUUCUCCAUCCAAGCCGUCUGUGGCUGAGCUGGCUGGACGGUUCAAAGGUCAUAUCCUACCAAUGCCCAACUCAAAUGACGAGCUGCCAUUUCGAAGAAGACCUCCAUGUUCCCUGAAGUUGCAGAAUCAAACGGAUGAUAAUGAAGAGUCAGAUAAAUCUAUCGUCUCCCCAAAGCCCUUCAAAAUCAAGAUGAAGAACUCCGCCAUCAUCGAGAAACUUCAGGCCAACCUCGCUCUGUCGCCCACUGCUCUGCUGCCAUCGCCCAAAAGCCCCGAGGUGAAGCUGCCGCCGGCUCCGCUGUCGCCCACCACGCCCUGCAGCCCGCUGAGCCCCCAGAGCCCCACCCUGCGACCUCCACAUCUGUCCAGCGAAGAGGAGGACCGCAUCAGCUUCGACAGCCCUCCUGAAGGCACCCCGCUGCCGAGCAUCAACAAGACUCGUGCACGAUUAUCAUUCAAGAGGCGUCUGCCCACGAGACAGCACAGGAGGUCAGCGGGGGAGGAGGCGGGAGCCUUCGGCAGCGGCCUGCCCCCGAGUGAACUGUACAGCCCCAAAGAAAAUGGGGACGAGGAGCAGGUCUUCGACAGCCCAACGGAGGAGGAGGCCGGGCAGCUGGGCGGCCUGAAAGGGGCCGAAAACAAGGAGGAGGACUGCGAAAAGACAGAGGUAGAAAAGAGUGAUCCGGAGCAGCAGGAGGAGGAACGAGAGCAGAACGUGGAGGCUUCGGAGGAGGAGGGAGAGCCGCCUGCAGAGCAGAUAGAUGGAGACGUUAAGACAGAAGAGGAGAUGCUUCAGGAGGCGCCGCAAGGAGGAAACGACAAGGAGUGAACUGUGAAUGUCUAGAGAGAAAAAGACAAAUAUAUGAAUAAGUUAUUCAGUGCUUUGAUUAAGAGAACUCUGAAAAAGAAAAAAAUACUCCUCAUUAAGAGUUCACCUGUUUUAAAUGUUCUUGGUACCUUCUCUUCUAAGUUCCUCUGUCGCCCUCUCCUGGCUGUCUAUAGAACAGGUCUAUAAACACUGGAGAGUCACCAGAAGCAGCUGUUUUUCUACACAUGGAGAAAAGUUUUGCAGUUUAUACUGUAUCCACAAUCACAGGAAAAUUCCUUCAUGUUGUACCAAGUCUGCAAGACUCCUGUUUUUAUAUAUAUAAAAAAAUCUUUGCUGAGAAAUCAAAAGACUUUGUUAAGAGUGCACUUCCACAUCAGGAGUCUCACAGAACUUUGAAAUGCUGGUUUGACAAAAGACAGAAAUACAAGUAGAUUUCAUAUAUAUAUGUUAGCAGAUAUAUAAAUGUUUUGACAUCAUACCAAAUCACUUUAAGUUGAAAUUAUAUUCUUUGCUUAGUUUUUUUUUCUUUGGAUGUAUGUUGGUCUCAGCUUGUCUGUUAUUUUGUAUACUACAAAAAAUAUAUAUAUAUAUCAAAAUCACAGUGCUACUGUGGAGUGGCUCAGGUCCUCGGAAAUUAUGCACAGAAAUUAUAAGAAAAUAAACAGCUUCCUUAUGUGAAGAAAACCUUCUG